AUGGCCGACGAAAGUUUACACACAAUGCCGCUGGAGCAUAAUAUAGACUAUCAUAUAGUGACAUUGUUUGAGCGCUUGGAGGCGAUGCGCAAGGAUUCACAUGGCAACGCCAUCAACAAUCGCCUCUCCAGCACUCUGCAGGCGCCCAAGCGCAGCAUGCAGGCUGAGAUACGCACCUUGGAGUUCUGGAGAUCCAUCAUCAGCGAGUGCUUAGCCUCGUUCCUGUAUGUGUUCAUCGUUUGUGGAGCGGCAGCGGGCGCGGGUGUGGGUGCCAGCGUCUCAUCAGUGCUACUGGCAACGGCUCUCGCUUCUGGACUGGCCAUGGCAACCUUAACGCAAUGCUUUCUGCAUAUAUCGGGCGCCCAUAUAAAUCCCGCUGUUACCUUGGCCUGCUGCGUAGUGCGCCACAUCUCCCCCAUCCGCGCUGUCAUGUAUAUGACCGCCCAGUGCGGCGGUGGCAUUGCCGGAGCUGCCUUGCUCUAUGGCGUGACUGUGCCUGGAUAUCAAGGUAAUCUACAGGCGGCUAUUUCGCAUAGCGCUGCCCUCGCUGCCUGGGAACGCUUUGGCGUGGAAUUUAUACUCACUUUCGUUGUGGUGCUCUGCUAUUUCGUCUCCACGGAUGCCAUUAAGAAGUUCAUGGGCAGCUCAUCGUUUGCCAUUGGUGCGGCCUACAGUGCCUGUUGCUUUGUCUCGAUGCCUUAUUUGAAUCCCGCACGCUCUUUGGGUCCAUCAUUUGUGCUUAACAAAUGGGACAACCAUUGGGUCUACUGGUUCGGUCCACUUGUGGGCGGCAUGGCCUCCGGCUUGGUCUACGAGCACAUCUUCAGCUCCCGUCGCAGCGUGCGUCAUGGCAAGGGCAGCAUUGACAACGACUCCAGCUCCAUACAGUCAGAGGAUGAACUCAACUAUGACAUGGACAUGGAGAAGCCCAACAAGUAUCAUCAAUCGGGCACGUAUCCACGACAGGCGAACGCUGGCGGCGGCGGCGGCGCCGCAGCAGCAACACAGCAUCCAAAUGCGAACAUGCCGCCCAUGGUUAUGGGCGCGGGCAACUAUUGCCAGAAUCUGUACACAGCACCGCCUUUGUCUUCCAAGUAUGAGCAGCAGCCACAGGAGCCGCUGUAUGGCGGCACUCGCUCGCUCUACUGCCGCUCGCCCACGCUGACGCGCACCAAUCUGAAUCGUUCGCAAUCUGUUUAUACGAAGAGCAAUACGGCCAUCAAUCGUGACAUAGUGCCGCGUCCUGGACCUUUGGUGCCCGCGCAGAGCUUGUAUCCCAUGCGCACUACUCAGCAGCAGCAGCAGCACAGCAACAGCCCAAACUCAGCAACACAACAGCAGCAGCAGCAACAGUCUUCGCAUUUGCAAAAUCAAAAUGUGCAAAAUCAAAUGCAAGCGCGUACUGAAAGUAUUUAUGGCAUGCGUGGCUCCAUACGCGGACAGCAGCAACCAUUGCAGCAGCAGCAGCAGCAACAAGCUGUUAAUAUGCAACAGCAACAACAACAGCAGCAGCAGCAACAGUUGCAGACAGCAGCACCAUUGAUGGCGGAACCAGCAGCUCAACCACAAGGCUUUCAACCCGUCUACGGCUCACGCAACAAUCCCACACCACUGGACGGCAAUCACAAGUUCGAGCGUCGCGAACAGCAGCAGCAACUGUAUGGCCUAAGCGCACCACGCAAUCGCGGCCAAUCGGCGCAAUCGGAUGACAGCUCCUAUGGCUCAUAUCAUGGCUCGGCAGUCACUCCGCCCGCGCGUCAUCCCAGCGUUGAGCCCUCGCCACCACCACCACCCAUGCUCAUGUAUGCGCCGCCGCCUCAACCCUCAGCCGCGCAUCCUCAACCCAUUCGCACCCAAUCGGAGCGCAAGGUGAGUGCGCCUGUUGUUGUCUCCCAGCCCGCGGCCUGUGCGGUCACCUACACCAGUUCCCAGAUGCCCGCCAGCGUAACAACAAGCACACCACAGCAGCAACAGCAACAGCAACAGCAGCAGCAACAUCAGCAGCAGCAGCAACAAUUAAUGCUGCAGCAACAGCAACAACAGCAGCAGCAACAUUACGGCAUGUUGCCGUUGAGGCAAAACUGAAAGCGGCUGUCUUGGGGCGGCGUCACCACACCGCCGCCACCAAUAUUGCAUGCCACACUCGCCACACUGCAUCCCACUGGCACAAUGACUCUGCACAAUUGCAGUCUUGCCAAGCAGAGCAGUUUGUUCUAAAUUAAGUCGAACAUCCAAAGGAACUUCAAUGCAAAGUCUUAGCAUUUAGUUUAAAUUUACAAAACAAUAUCCGAACCCAAACACACGCAUAUUAACUAACAUACUUAGUCUACAACUAGUUAGUCUAGUAUUAAAUCAAAGGCAAAAUAUAGCCGCAUUGAAUUACUAAUACUAACAUAUAUAACAACAGGAACUAUACACCUAGCAGCAACCAUAGCUAAGCCUAAGCAAUAUAACUAUCUAAAACGAUAGCACUAUAUUUUACGCUUUGAUUUCUUAAUUUACAGGGCAUCGAUUAGCAAAGUUUUG